GAUAACCAUCCCACUACAAGAACCAGUCAUAAUGAAGCUCAGCUCAGCGACUCUGUUCUCACUCAGGCUGUGUAUUUCCAUUCUCUGUGCUGUGCUUCUGCUUGUGAAAUGCAGCAUCACUUCUCCUUGAGUCUACGAGGCUACAGAAAACAACAAAAAGGAAAGAGCCCCGUCCCACCAUGGAGAAACCUGGCAGGGCUAAGUGGACGUGUGUUGUGGUGUGUCUGUUUCUUCCUCAUAUAGUAAAGCCAGAAAGUGGUGAUGGAUAACAGCACCUCUCCUAGAGCUUGGAUCAGCUGCCACACUAUCUACUGGAAUAAGUCGCAUUUUCUGGGACCACACCUGCAUACUAAAAGUGAGGGCUGCCACAAGUGACUUCUUACCAGACCUGCAGUACCCAGUGCUCUCAUGUGCACUACAGACUUCACUAUGUGUAAAUACUAUUGUUAAGAACGAGGGAAUGCCAAUUUAAUCUGUUCUACGUAGAUAGGACUGAUAUUAUGCUAUAACCCUUUUAAGUCAUUGUUUUCUAGUCCCGCUUAUGCAAUGUGAGCGAACAGUCAUAAGAACAUAAAAACGGCCAUACUGGGUCAGACCAAAGGUCCAUCUAGCCCAGUGUCCUGUCUUCUGACAGUGCCCAAUGCCAGGUGCCCCAGAGGGAAUGAACAGAACAGGUAAUCAUUAACUGAUCCAUCCCUUGUCACUCAUUCCCAGCUUCUGGCAAACAGAGGCUAGGGACGCCAUCCCUGCCCUACAAGUCAGGCUUGGGGGCCAAGACAGAGGGCCAAGGACUUAAGCAGCGUUGCCCAAUAACUCUCCCUGGUUCCAGUAAAUACACUUUUGACCUCUUGAAUUGCACUGGUUUUAAAUAUUUGUGCUUAGGGCACUGGGUGAGAGCAAUAUGCAUAAUCUGCAAACUUAUUUAUGUGUAACUAAUGAAAACAAAAGUGAAAAGAUUUUUAAUGAUGUAGCUAAAUUACUUUUAUAGCAAAAAUAAACUCCUUGAAGAAUGUGCUCCUCUCAAUCACACACAUACACUCUUUCUCUCUCUCUCUUUCAGUCAUACGCACACACUGUUUCUCUCUUUCUCUUUAAACUGUCUGAGCAAAAGGGUGUAACAGUUGCCAGCACCAGUAAUGACCUAAUGCUGGCUUCACAUGACGUGCCUGGGAGGAGACAAUCAGCUGCUCGCUUAUAGACACACCUCCCUCUUCCUUUGCCUGAGGAUGUGAUAAAGGGACCGACAGCAGCGGUGAAGGGCAGGGAAUUGAGUUCUGGAUUGGGCUCUGGCCAGCGACCCAGGGCCCCCUUCUAGGCUGCAGCCAGCAGGAGGUGAGAUUGUUGUUCCAGCAGCUGACUCUCAGCCUGUGUUGAUGCCAGAGGGAUCAGGAGAGGAGGGCUAAGGGAAAGGAGCUGCUGUCACUUCCACAACGGUCUCCUUGCUAACACUUAUCACGAACAUGGGAAUUAGCUUUCAACUAAAGAAUGUCUCAUGGAAGCGCCCCCGCCCCCCGGAGAUGCUUUUUGCUGUGGCAGCGCCGGCCAGCGGCAUAUGAAGACUGGAUCAAAACUUGUGGUCCUUUGCCAGGAAACUCUACAAAAGCAGCUCCCACCAGAGGGAAUAUUAGCAUCAUAAAGAUGAAGGGAGAUGCUGCACGUUCCACGGGGGGCUCACGGCAGAAGCAGGCGGGGAAGCUCUGGGACUCUAUGAAGACAACUGGCUUCAUACUGGGCACUGGCCUGCUGCUGUUUGCUGCCUUCAGGAACUCUGUCACCUGGCACUUGCAGAAGUUCUGGGGGGCUUCGGGCAAUUUCUGGCAGGCACAAUGGGAGAAAGUUCUCCACCUGCUUGGAGGAAACCAGUGGGCAAUUUUCCUUCUAGGCACGGCCUUAGUUCCAAGCCUUGUUUACUGGUGCUUCAAUGGACUCCUGAUGGUGGCAGAUGGGACCGGAAAGCCCAAUUUCAUCACCCGGUACCGAAUUCAGUUGGGCAAAAACGACCCAGUGGAUCCAGCGAAGCUGCGGCAGGCUGUUCACACAGUGCUGUUUAAUCAGGUUUUCAUCUCUCUCCCAAUGAUGGUGCUCAUGCUCCCCAUCAUGAAGUGGCGCGGAAAGCCCUGCAGUGAGGAACUACCCACCUUUCACUGGUUCCUCCUGGAGCUGUCCAUUUUUACCCUGGUGGAGGAAAUUCUCUUCUACUAUUCACACCGGCUUGUUCAUCACCCGCUUCUGUACAAGCGCAUACACAAGAAGCACCAUGAAUGGACCGCUCCCAUUGGUGUAGUCUCCCUCUAUGCUCAUCCGGUCGAGCACUUGUUUUCCAACAUGUUGCCUUUGCUGGUGGGUCCGAUAAUCCUGGGAUCCCAUGUUGCUUCCAUCAUGGUGUGGCUCUGCCUUGCUAUUCUGACUACAUCCAUCUCGCACUGCGGCUACCACCUGCCUUUCCUCCCCUCGCCGGAGUUCCACGACUUUCACCACCUCAAGUUCAAUCAGUGCUACGGAGUCCUGGGGGUGCUGGACCGCCUGCAUGGAACAGACACGCUCUUCAAGCAAACCAAGGCCUACGAGAGGCACGUCAUCCUGCUGAGCCUCACCCCUCUCACAGAGAGCAUUCCCGACUCACCCAAGAAAGCCAAGUGAACCCGCCUCCCCUGCGGCUUGCACGGGGGAAUCAUGAGAGCUAGGAACCAUGAUUAUGCCAAGUAAUUUUCUAAUGAGAAGCAGGUUAUUGUUCAUCCUAAGUAUCAAAGACAAAGCGGAACCGUAACCCGUGGCUGGUGACAUUUGAACUCGCUUCCCUUCAGUCCCCCCCAGCCUGGAGUGCAGAGCUCAGCUCCAGGCAGCAGCCCUACAGGUGGGGAGCCUCCUGAAGUGAGCGUAGGGUUUUUUUUAGUCACUUGGAUCAAGCUGCCCACAGACUGCCCCAUGCAGGUUUCCUUCCAGCCCCACAGAAAUGGCUGCUGUUCAGAUCUCCCAUUUCCUGCUUGAGGCUUUUGGACCCAGGACGAAAUCUCACCUGCAUUGCAUGGGGAGUCGCAGGGGAAUUCAAGAGCACUGCGCUCCAGGCAUUCAGCCUGGCCUGAUCUCAUCCCAGCACUCUGGGCCUGGGAGAAUCAACCCAAACACCCCAUGGAAACACGCUUGUUGGGGCAAUGUGGCCCUUCGUAACCACUUCACCAGCACCAUCAGCCUUGAGAGCUCAACAUCCCACAGUACGGUUACUCCCCAUACUUAUGAAAUAAGGGCUUCAAGCUUCAAACCAUCACUGAUCACCAGCAAGGGUCAGGCAGAUGCUACCCCCACACAGCACAGUGCUACAUUACUGGGAGCACGACACAGGUUUUAUCAUUUUAACAAUUAAUAUGGAGGAUGAAACCAAAAUGCAAGUCACGAAGGGAACUUUCUAGGACGGAGGCUCUGGGGCUCAAGUCUCAUUAACAUAGCUAGUAGGGGCUGACUGCUCCAUCCCACCAAGACUCACCUCACUUCCAACACAGCAAAGUAGGCAGAGGGAAACCCCUAGGAUUGCAUAAAGUUAUAUGUGAUGGAAGAGCUUCCCGCUAUCACUGUUCUCCUGAGCUGUUUGGUAGGGAGAGCUGCAAAUCCCUUAAACAAAAUGGUCUCCCUGUCAGAAAACCACUAAACCAUUAGGACACAACUGAAAGUAUCACAGAGCACCCAGAGCAGCGAGUGCCGAAAGUCAGGACUGAGGUCUGUUGGCAGAGCAGUAUGGGGGCUUGGGACAGGAACAAGCAAGGGAAGAGUGCACUGGAUUGAGACUGAGCAGUCCUACAAGAGCUCUUCUGCGGAGACCUUGUAUAGUGCCCAGCUGCAGUGUACUUGUCAGGUGCCAUCAGUGUCUCACCUUCACGAGUAUUCAUUCCACACGAGACGUGUCUGAUCUGUAGCUCAGACCCUUAGACCCCAGAGCAAGGCUGAGAAGAGAGCAAGGAAGGUUGCAGGGACAGGAGAGUCCAUACCACACGGUCUUUUGAGGUUUUUAUUUUUAUACAUUUUUUUGUAUUAAAAAGGAAAAAGCAUAAUUACCACAAAUUACAAAGGACUAAAGCAUUACUAGAAUAAUGAAUCACAUCAGCCUAGAAAGCAGAUACUCUGAAUAAUAUUAAUGUUAUAAUACAAGCUCUCAUUCAAGUAUUUUACAUUUUUUUUGUUGUGGUUGUUUUUCUUUUCCUUUUAAAUGGGAUGAUGAUCCUGGCACACAAGUCAAGAUUAUGUACUAUUAACAGAAGAUGGAUCACAGAGUGGGUUGUAUUAACAAGAUUUUCCUCCCCAGUGAUGAGUGGUCUGAUAAGUCAUUUUAAAUUUGUCUCUACAAUAAAACGCAGCUGAAGAAGGUUGCAAAA